AUGCAAAUGAAAGGCGGCGAUCGUCAGCUGAAUUUUCCGGCGGGCUUCAGAUUCCAUCCGACCGACGAUGAGCUCGUGGUGCAUUACCUCUGCCGCCGGUGUGCGGGGCUGCAGAUCUCUGUCCCCAUUAUAGCUGAGAUCGAUCUCUAUAAGUUCGAUCCAUGGGAGCUUCCUGAAAUGGCACUGUACGGUGAAAAAGAGUGGUACUUCUUCUCCCCAAGAGACCGCAAGUAUCCCAACGGCUCACGGCCCAACCGGGCUGCAGGGACCGGUUACUGGAAAGCCACGGGAGCCGAUAAACCCGUGGGCCGGCCCAAGACCCUCGGCAUCAAGAAAGCUCUCGUGUUUUAUGCCGGGAAAGCCCCAAGAGGAGUCAAAACCAACUGGAUUAUGCAUGAGUACCGCCUGGCCAACGUUGACCGAUCUGCCGGCAACAGCAAGGGCAACAAUCUCAGGCUUGAUGAGUGGGUCUUAUGUCGAAUAUACAACAAGAAAGGGACCCUCGAGAAGCACUACAAUGUGGACCAAACGAAGGACGUGCACUUCUCGGACAGCGAGGAACAAAAGCCAAACAUCGGGUCGAAACCGGCCAUGGGGAGGGCCCCACAGGGAAUGAACGACUACUUGCAGUUUGACCCGUGUGACUCGAUUCCAAAACUGCAUACGGACUCGAGUAGCUCGGAGCAUGUUCUGUCGCCCGAGUUUGGUUGUGGCGAUAAUAGUAAGGAAGUCCAGAGUGAGCCCAGGUGGAGCGAGCUGGAAAACUCGCUCGAUUUUCAGCUCGGCUACAUGGACGCAUUCGGGGAUGAUCCGUUCGGCACCCAAAUGCAGUAUAAUGAUAACUACUCCAUGUUUCAGGACGUGUUCUCUUCCUACAUGCAGAAGCCCUUUUGA